CAGCAUCACCACCGGACCUUCAGCUCCAUCACGCCCUCAUGCACAUGCAGAGUUCUCGAGGCGUGAGGGUCCGCAUCGCCACGGGACUCCGCGCCACGUACACGACUUCCGACUGCGAAUAAGGACACACAAGUGGGAUGACACACGCAAAUGGAUGGAUGGCUCAUUGAUGGUGUGGUGCGUGUGGAUGAAUGCAGCAACACCAGCAGCCCUCCCCAGCCAGCCUGUCGGGCCACGGCCACCACGCCGCCACUUGGGCACCACGCGCACACAGGACGGCCUGACAGUGUAAGCCGGGCGAUGGAUGGACACAUGGGCUGGGCGAUGCUUAGAUGGAUGGGUCUGUGCCUGUGUGCAGGGUCCUGGUAUGUGCAGCUCGACCCGAAUGGUGCAGUACGGCAAAUACCAACCACUCCGUCGAUGUGCGGCCGUGUUAUUGUUGUUGUUGUUGGUGUUGUUGUGUGGCUGGGUGUGUUGUGUCGCUCAGUUGUUUUUCUUGGUUGCUUUUGCCAUCCCCUGCCCCCCCUCCCUCGUGGCCAGCCAGCCAGUUAGUCGUCCGUCACUCAAUCAGUCAAUCACUCCCUCCCUCCCCGUGUGAUUCAGUCCACGCACAAACCAGCCCAGCUCAGCCCUCUCUUGAUGACCCCCUCUAGUCUCUACUGCGCACGGACUUCCCCCCUCUGUCUCAACCGUUCGCACACCCACACACCCUCACACGCAUCGAACACAGACAGCAGCGGUUUGUCUGUCUGGUGUGCUGCCUGCCUGGGGUGCGCGGGUGAUAUGAUGGGAGCCGUAGUGGUGGUGGUGGUAUGCCCUCCCUCGUGGCCUGUCAGUCAGUCAGUCUUCCGUCCGUCACCCACUCAGUCAAUCACGCACUCAGUCCCGUGUGAUUCAUUCCACGCACAAACCAGCCCCGCCCAGCCCUCUCUUGGUGACCCCCUCCACUCUCUGUCGAUGGCGUUUGUUGUUUUCCCGUGGCUGCAUGCCUCACUGGAUGGCUGGUGGAUGGCCACCCCUCUCGCUCUCUAGCCCGUUGUCCACCGUCUCGCUAAGCACACCAUCUGAGAUUCGUAGCUAGUUGAGUGAGCGUGAGAUUCGAUAGCAAAGCGUCCGUAUCAUUCCUUCCAGACGAACCACUGGCAGGCCCGCCAGCCCAGCCAUCUCGUCUCUUCUGGAUGCAUGAUGUUUGUCGUCUUUUGCUUUCGUCGUCGGUUGGUUUCUUCGCUGGCGGUGUUGUUGGAUGGAAAGCCUAUGCGGUGCACAAUGGAUGGAUGGAUGGAUGGCUCACUGAUGGCUCUGGUGUGAAUCACGAUGGACACGUGUUGAUGGACUGACUGACUGACGUUCACGCACAUAUGUAUGGUGAAGUCUGUCUGGUGUGCUGUCUGUGUUGAUGCGUAAGGGCAGCGAGGAAGAUGGGUGGGGAAUCUCUGCCUACAUUUUAUAUUUCCAUGUUUCAUAUUUUCAUGACGACGUUGAAGGGGACAGCCACCCAUCGGGCUGAGACACAAGCCCAGGGAGGACGAUAAUUGGAUGUCUCUAAUGUCUCGGUGCGUCCAUUCAUGAGUGCACUCACGUGGCUUUCGACCGAGCAUUUGUACACACACCAAGCAAAAAGGAAGAACCAUGCCCAGCCCUGUCGUCUCUUCUGGAUGCAUGGUCAGCGACGGUGUAGUUGGAUGGAGAGACUAUGCGGUGCACAAUGGAUGGAUGGAUGGAUGGCUCUGGUGUGAAUCACGAUGGACACGUGUUGAUGGAC